CAGGGGGGAAUGUUUAGAAGGAGACACACUGCGCAGGAAGUAAGCGAGAUUUGAUAUUAAAGUUGAAGUGAGCAACUUUACUGGUGUGACUGACUACUGUCCAGACUUAGUGGUUGGGAUCCCAACCGACAAGAGUGAAACCGACCUACCUAUGCAAAUAUUGGGUGGGGCCACGCCAUGAAACCACGCGCACGCACCCACACCCACGCGCCGUGUAACAGGUGGCAACAUACGGACAUUUGCAGAAAUUCUACAACUUUCUUCGGGAACUGGAGGCGGAAAUUAAGACCAAACCAUGGCCAACUUUGGUGGACACGCCAUCCCCGGCUCUUUCUUCUUGCUUUUUGGAUUUUGGCUGACAGUGAAACACACUCUCCAGCACCACUGGAAGAAGACUCAUCCCAAAGGCAGAGACAUUGUGCCUCCUUUCUCUAAACGGAUGGACUGCAUUGAAGGAGGAUUGCAAAUCUUUGCUUCAUUUGUUGGCAUCAUGGUGGAGCAGUUUGUGGUGGACGGCCCACACGCUCGCCUUUACGACACGCAGAACAAUUCGUGGGUGAAGCUGAUGAACUGGCAGCACAGCACCAUGUAUCUCUUCUAUGGCAUCUCUGGAAUAGCUCUGGUCGUGAGCACCAUGUCCAAACUGGUACCGGUCGGUGUGGACCGCUUUGCUCUCUCCUUGGCGCUGUUUGUAGAAGGCUUUCUGUUCUACUAUCACGUGCACAGUCGCCCCCCGCUGGACGCUCACAUCCACUCCCUGCUCCUGGUGGCGGUGUUCAGUGGGUCAAUCAGCACCAUGGUGGAGGUGUUCAUGAGAGACCACCUUAUUCUGGAGCUGCUCAGAGCAUGCUUAUUCAUCCUUCAGGGCUCCUGGUUCUACCAGAUUGGCUUUGUGCUGUUCCCACCGAGCGGGCCGCAGUGGGAUCUGACUUUGCAUAGUAACAUCAUGUUUGUCACUAUGUGCUUCUGCUGGCAUUUGGCGGUGGCCUUGCUCGUCGUCGCCUGCACCACCGCUGCAGUGUGGUUCACCAUGAGGAGAUUCUCCAGAAGAGACCGAGACAUCGAGAUAGUAUUGCGGAAGACAUCACCCACCGCAAGUUCUGAGAAAGCUCUACUUGAAGAGUCAGAGGAGGAAUAGUGGCUGAAAUAUAUAUAUAUAUUUUUUUUUGUAGUUUUGUUAAUUGUUUUCACAGCUAACUAAAAUGUGAUUGACACAAAAAAAGCCUUCUUAUCUUAUUAUAGUCCAAAACACUAAACAUAAACAUUACUUGGGGUAAAGGUGUGAGCUUUAAUAAUUGAGGUUUUUCAUAAUUUAACAUAUUUCUCUUUUAUUAUUACAAAAAAUGAAAUGUUCUGCAGUCGAAGAAAGUAAGGAAAUUAAUUAACAUUGGCAAACAUAAAUAUUAUAACACACUAAGAUGUUGCAAAACCACACAAAUAAAACAGUUGACUAAAUCAUUGAGGUGCAGGUGGAAGAUCAGGCGGACAUUUUAGUGUAGGGGCCGUUGUGACGACGACUGUUGAGACAGAUUUAGGAGAAGCUGUUGCCAUGUGCUGCGGGAGCUGCUGGGCCUGAACCGUCUGGAUGCGAACCUAAAUGAGAGAAGGAGUUGUGGAGGCAAGGUC